AUCACCUGUUUUAGAUAAAAUCAUAGAGAGAGAGAAAUAGUAAAAGAAAUAAAAAAAAAUGGGAAGAGGGAGAAGCUCAUCGUCUUCAUCGAUAGAGAGCAGCUGCAAAAGCAACCCAUUUGGUGUGUCUUCGAGUAAUACUCGGAACCUAAGCACGGACCUGAGACUCGGGCUCAGCUUCGGAUCAUCUUCCGGACAAUAUUACAACGGUGGAGAUAACCAUGAAUAUGAUGGAGUCGGUGCGGCAGAGGAAAUGAUGAUCAUGGAAGAAGAAGAGCAAAACGAGUGUAAUAGUGUCGGAAGCUUCUACGUGAAAGUGAACAUGGAAGGAGUUCCUAUUGGGAGAAAGAUCGAUCUUUUAUCUCUUAAUGGAUAUCAUGAUUUGAUCACAACUCUCGACUACAUGUUCAAUGCUUCAAUCCUUUGGGCUGAAGAAGAAGAUAUGUGUAGUGAGAAGAGUCACGUGCUAACGUACGCAGACAAAGAAGGUGACUGGAUGAUGGUUGGAGAUGUUCCUUGGGAGUAAGUUCUUUUUUAAUUUUAGUGUAUUAAAAAUCUCUAGUUAAGUAUUUUUUUUGACAUAAUUAUGUAAAAAUUCCCUUUAAUUAAUGGGGACUUAAUUGAUUAUGUAGGAUGUUCUUGUCUAGCGUGAGAAGACUAAAGAUCUCAAGAGCUUAUCACUACUGAUUUUCUAAAAGCAAACUUGGAAGAAUCUAGGAUUGACCAAUACAGUCAGUGGUGGUGGGGGAAAAAGUUAGUUUUGUCUGAAUGUAAAUCACUUGUUCGAGAUUUUAUUCAAAUUUUGUUUCUAGUUUUAUUACAUUUAUAAAAAAAUCGGUUGUAACUUGUAAUGAAGCUAUUUUUUUCAAGAAAAAAAGCUGUAGCUAAUGCAGAUC